AUGAAGUUCACCACCAUCCUCAGCGCCCUCGCAAUCCUCACCCCAGCUCUCUCCGGCAUCACCAUCGAGCGAUUACCGGAUGGCGUUGGCCUGAAAGCAAUCAGUGUUCCCGAUGAUGUAAGCAGGAUCAAAAAACGUAUGGGCGGUUGCAACCGCGACAAUUGUCUCCGCGCUAUGACCGCGAGGAUCUCCACCGCGUCUCAAUUCUGUCCUUCUUUUACUACCGAUACUGUGACGGCAACUACCGGGUUAGGGCCUUGGCAAACGCAGUGCGGUUCGAAUCCUACGAGAGUUAGUAGUGCUUGUAGUUGUCUUGUGCCGCCACCCCCAGAACCGACUUGUGGCAAACCAGGGGCCCAUUGUACUUCAUCGACAUUCAUUAAGGACUGCUGUGAAUCGGCGGUGGGUUGUGAUUGUAGAAGCUGUUACUUCCCGAAUGGGGAUGUUAAUGAUGGGUAUUGUGCUUGA